GUUGGAGGAAGUACUUUCGUAAGCCGCUUGUCCCUUACUGACCAGUGGAUAACUACAGGGAGUGAGAGGCCAAGAAAUUGGCCUAAUGGAGAUUCCUUUACUUCCAUCAUCCUUUUUUUUUUCGUGAAACUUGAAUCGUCUCUUUUGGAGAUUCCUCACGCCGGAGAUUUUUGUCUCUUCCAAGUAUAUUGGCCAUUCCCUCAUCCCCUUGUCAUCUUCAUCAGAACCACAACUACAGUAACAGAGAAAGAGAGAGCAGCCAUGGAGUCUAGACAUCUGCUGCGCUUCCUGAUCCUGGUCUUAGGCUGUCUUCUCUUCCUGCUCUUGCUGCGUUCUUCCACUAACCUGCCACCCUUAGAUGCGAUCCCCAUCAAGGACCAGCUUCUCCACUGUGGGAGCUCACCAUGGUGUGGUUCCUCCUCCAGCAGCAGGAAGAUGCAGGGCAGCAGAAGGCCGAGCUCCGCCAACAUCAAUCCCCUGUUCCCCGGCUUCGAGGCCAUCCCCCACGAGAGGAGAACCCCAAAGCACCCACUCGACCCCCUGACCCUGCAAGAAAUAGAGAAGGUCCGGUCCAUACUCUACGCCAGCCCCCUCUUCUCCAGCCAUCCACAGAUCCACUCCAUGGUCCUAGAGGAGCCGGACAAGGCGGAGGUGCUGUCAUGGAAGAAGGGCAGCAACAGCCCCCUCCCCACGAGGAAGGCCUCCGUGCUGGUACUCAUGGAGGGCAAGACCCACCGCCUCACCGUCGACCUUCAGUCCUCCAUGAUCGCCGGAGACCAGGUGAUCAGCACCUCGGGGUACCCCACCAUGACCAUGGAGGAGAUGAAUCUCGCUACCUUUGCCCCCCUCAAGGACCCGCAGUUCAAUGCCUCCGUCCGCCGCCGCGGCGUCGAGCUCGGCGACCUCGCCUGCCUGCCGGUGUCGGCCGGUUGGUACGGGCGGGAGGAGGCGGGGAAGAGGGUGAUCAAGGUGCAGUGCUACUCCGCCAAGGACACGGCCAAUUUCUACAUGAGGCCCAUAGAGGGGCUGACCGCCCUGGUAGACCUGGAUACGAUGCGCACCCUUUGGGUGCGAGACGUGGGUAGGGAGGUACCCAUACCCAAGGCAGAGGGCACCGACUACCGGGCCGGAGCCCAGCCGGACGCCGGCCGGAAUCGGCAGCUCAACCCCGUAUCGCUGGAGCAGCCCAAUGGCCCGAGCUUCGAGGUGGUGGACGGUCACCAGGUCAAGUGGAGCGGCUGGGAGUUCCACCUGAAACCGGACACGAGGGCCGGGGUCAUCGUCUCGCAGGCGUCGUUCCGGGACCCGGACACCGGCGAGCUCCGGCGGGUUAUGUACAAGGGAUUCACGUCCGAGCUAUUCGUGCCGUAUAUGGACCCGACGGACGCUUGGUACUUCAAGACCUACAUGGAUGCUGGUGAGUACGGGUUCGGUCUGCAGGCCAUGCCGCUGGACCCGCUGAACGACUGCCCCAGGAACGCCUGGUACAUGGACGGCGUGUUCCCGGCCGCAGACGGCCGGCCCUACGUCAGGCCGAACAUGGUGUGCAUGUUCGAGAGGUACGCCGGCGACAUCGCCUGGCGCCACUCCGAGAGCCCCAUCACAGGCUUGCCGAUCCGAGAAGCGAGGCCGAAGGUGACUCUGGUUGUAAGAAUGGCAGCAUCUGUGGCAAACUAUGACUACAUAGUGGAUUGGGAAUUCCAAACCGAUGGUCUGAUUCGCAUCAAGGUGGGACUGAGUGGGAUCCUAAUGGCCAAGGGAACCGAGUACACAAGUGUGGACCAAGCGUACCAGGCUAGGAAUGAGGAGCACCUCUAUGGGACGAUGCUGUCCGAGAACCUCAUUGGGGUUAUCCAUGAUCACUACGUGACUUUCUACCUAGACAUGGACGUCGACGGGCCGGACAACUCGUUCGUUAAGGUGAAAAUGGUGCGGCAGGACACACGUCCCGGCGAGUCGCCGCGAACAAGUUUCUUGAAGGCGGUCCGGGAGGUGGCGCAGACCGAAAAGGAUGCCCAGGUCAAGCUCAGCCUGUACCAGCCCUAUGAGUUUCAUGUGGUGAACCCUUCGAAGAAGACGAGGGUGGGCAACCCAGUUGGGUACAAGGUCGUCCCCGCAGCUACAGCAGCAAGUCUGUUGGAUGGGAGUGAUCCUCCACAGCAAAGAGGGGCUUUCACCAACAACCAGAUAUGGGUGACUCCUUACAACAGAAACGAGGAGUGGGCAGGAGGGUUGCUGGCAUACCAGAGCGAAGGAGAUGAUACUCUUGCUGUAUGGUCCCAAAGGGAUCGAUCUAUACAGGACAAGGAUAUUGUGCUGUGGUACACACUAGGCUUCCACCACAUCCCAUGCCAAGAGGACUUCCCUAUCAUGCCAACAGUUUCUGCAAGCUUUGAUCUGAAGCCUGUCAACUUCUUUGAAAGCAAUCCCAUACUUCGAACUUUACCAAACUACGAAAAGGAUCUGCCGACUAAUGCAGCUUCUGCAUCCUAGCAACACCAGCUCCUGCUGAAGCCGUCUUCUGCGUAUGCACAAUGGACAUGGGGUGCAUGCAUUUGUAUGUAGUUGUAUGUGUACAUAUGGGUGAAUACAUGUCUAGUGUCCACUGGUAUGGGCUGAGAAAGCAUGGGAAUCAAUGUGAUAGAGACACGGUGAAAUAAAAUAUAAGAGCUUCUAAGUUGAUCGACACAA